UGUUACCCCGUAAAAACGCUCACAGACGCUGAGUUCCACUCAGUUCUUGUUUGUUCGCCACCGAGACGAGAAGCAUAGCAUGUGUCCAUCAGUUCACAGCCACGUACACGCAUAUUUGUUGCAUUUUCACUCUUACCAUAAACAAUAUUCAUACGGUUACCGUUAGAAAUCACGAAGCUAUCAUAGCACCUAUUGAAUCUCAUAUAACUAUUUGAAAUCAAUAUAAAUAAAUAAAAUAAAUCAGUUCGGUUGGUGGUAUAAUAAUUUAAAAGUUAACAGUUGUGAAUUUAAGCGUUAUGAUAUUUUCAUGGAUAUUUAAGUGGUUGAUGCUUGGCUGGUGAAGUGAUUGACGGAUUGAUUGAUUGAUUUGGUAAUUUUUCACAGUUCCAAAGGGUUCUUGUACUUCGAGAUCCUCUUUACUCUGGAGUAGAAUAACUGAGUUCUGCAAUUUUGAAUAAAACUAAUAGUUUCAGCAAACUGAAAGGUAUUUAAAGUUACUUGGUUAGUUUUAUAAUAACAGUAAGCGAGAGUAAGACAAAGUUGUAGACAAGCGAAAGGAAUAAAACGAAGAGAGAAAAAGUCCAUUAGGUAAAGAAAAAUAGAAGGACUGUGGCAAGCGACCAACCAGAGCGAGGUAGCACCAAGAAGCAGGGCGGUGGAAAGAGAUUGUGAAGUAAAGAGAGAAUAAGAACCAAAGGGAAGACAAGUUGGAAGACUUUGGAUUACCAACAACGACAACGACCAACACGAAAAGACGACGACCUGCCUGAGAUACUCAUACAGCUAAGAACAUCAGCUUCUAAGGGUCGUCCAACAUCCAAUCAGUCAAUAAUAUUAUUUUGCCAUUUUCUUCUGUUCAUUUAUUCAAAAUCCAGUACACUAACAGAUAAUACAUCAGUUUUUAAUAUUUUGACUAUCUGUACAAACAAAAAACUAUUAAAAUGUCUGUCAUAUUUCCAACUCUUACCAAUGACGAUGAGAGUACUCUUGUCAGCAGAUACGAAGUUCCAAUAAUUAAUUUCGACUGCUUGAACAGUAAUACACCGAAGGGAAUCCACACUAAACAAGUUUCUACAAAACUUGUACGAGCUUUAGCAAAAAAAGGAUUUGCUAUUAUUGUUAAUCAUGGUGUUUCUCUCAGAAAGACAAAGACUGUGUACCAAGUAUUGGAUGAUUUUUGUGGAUUACCAGAAAAGUCUCGUGCCAAAUGUGAAUGUGUUGCACCUUCUCAAAGGGGAUACAUAAAGACCGAAGAGGGACCAUCAUUGAGAGAAACGGAAUCCAGACACGAAUUCAUACUUUCCGGAAAAGAUACAAUCCUACCAGAUGAUGAACUUCCAACUUUCCGCGAUUCAGUGGAUAAUCUUGUGGAAGACUUCAAAGUACUUACAACAAGACUUCUCAUCGCUAUCGCAGUAGGAUUGGGUCAAGCGCCGGAUUACUUUUUGAGCAAGCACACCAAUCUUCUUAAUUCCGGCAAUGAUUCCUCAUUCCGAAUGAUUUGCUACUCACCCACAUACUCAAUGAAGGGUGGGGAGAUGCGCUUUGGACCAAGCUCUGAAACUGGGACCUUUUCAUUUUUUAUUUCGGACUGUGAAAGUGGCUUUGAAGUUAAGUCAAUUUAUAGUGAUCGUUGGUCACGUGUAGGAUACUUUCCUGGAGGUAUUCUCGUUUGUGCUGGCGAUACUUUGGCUAAAUGGACCAAUCAACAAAUGGUGUCAUUGAAACAUCGCGUAGUUGUACCCGAACACUGUCCACGUAGCCGCCAUACUCUUGGAUUUUGCGUUAAACCCGAUGAGAAGACCGAGGUUGAAACAUUGGACACAUCGAUCUUGAAUCCGCCUCAAGAACCGGUGCUGUGUCGUCUUCAGAAAAAAAAACGUGGCGUUUUGUCGGCGUAUCACCAUCUUCAGCGUCGAUUUCGUGAAGCUUAUGCUUCUUAAUAAUAAUUGAAAUUACAAUAAUUCCCUGGCGUGUUACUUACCAUUUUAAAUAACUAUCACGUUUAUUUCAACAAGGGAUUGCGACAAAGAACUCACUUAUUAUUAUUCUUUCGACUCUUAAAGCUGUAUUGUCAAUAUCUGAUUGUGUAGCUGAAGAGUUUUUAUUACUGCGAUUAAUAAUAAAUAGCAAUCGCAAUAGACUGAAUAGUAUAAAUUUAAUAAUCCUGCGAAUGGAUUUCUUCUUUUUUUUUUCUUGACUUUCGUGGUCUUUCGAUUAAAUAAUAAUGAUAAUAAUUUAAAUGCAUUUAAAUAUGUUGGAUUCCGUAAUAUUGAUGAUUAUUUUUCAGUAUCAAUUAGAUGAUAAUAUUAUUGAUAUAAUUAAUUUUUUUCUUUCAAUUGAAAUAGAGAUAAACGAGACCAUGAAAAAUAUAACAGAGUCGAGGAAACCGAUUCAUUGAACCGUCCAAUAAUAUCUCGUAGGUAUCUCUUUCAUUAAUUUUUCAAUAAUUAAAUUUAAUUCUUUUAAUUAUUAAUUAAAUGUCAAUAAAAAAGAAGACCACGAGAGUUUUACGUCUGUUCGUGUAAACCGUGAUAUAUAAAACGUGCACGAUUAAUCAGUCUGGCAUAUCCAGCAAUAAAUAAUAAAUUUGUACUUAAAGAUUCAGCGUAUUUAAUAAUUUUUUUUUUUUUUUUAUUUUACUCUGUGACAAAAAAAUAAUAAAACCGCUUAAAUAAAUAAAUUUAAAUUUAAAAUCAUAAACUUAUUACAUGCUACGCAAAGUAAUUAAAUAUUUGUUUUGAAUGAUUAUAAAAUAACGUCAGGGUUUAUAAAUUUUUAUACUUAAUUUGAUAUUUAAAACUCUAUGAAUAAUUAUUUUUAAUCACUAAAUUUUUUAAAUUGAUAUUAUUCAAAAUUUGUCAAUAAUAUUUUUAACUUCACAGUUG